AACCCGCAAUCGGCAACCCGAGUUUCCUGCUUCCAUACUUGCUGGUUAUCAACUCCAGGUACGUUGAGAGUGCGCGACGAGGUACGGCAGAAAUCAAGGACUUACAGCAAACAGGAUAGACGAAGCAGUUCACGAUGAACAACAGGGUCCCUCACCACACCAUCGAGCAGCAUGCUCCUCAGGAGCACAACGCAGUAGCUGGCGCUCAGCAGAUCAACCAUCGCCACGGCACCCCUGGCCACUACAACCACCAGGUCAAGGACGCACCAAACCGUCGUCAUCUCCCUCCCGCCCCGUUCUCCCUCGAAAAGCAGGUCAUCGUCAUCUGCAAGAACCCCAACGGCCAGGUCAAUCGCGAACGGCGCUUUGAGCGUCAGGACAUCACCAGCAGCUCCGGCCGCAUCGACCACCUCUGUCGCCGUCGUUCAGGAUCCGCUACCGACAUCAUCUACGUGUAUGUGGAGCGCCUACACAACUUCUUCGCCCACUACGAGCGCUGGGUCCGCGACUCCAAGCUCCCAGACCUCCAGGUCACGCUUGCCGACCAGCGCGACGUGAUGGUGCUUUGGAUCAGCAUGUACGAGCUCGCUCGCGAGAUGGACGACUGGCGCUUGGUUGCCGCGAUCAAUGUCAAGAUUCUCGCUAUCGCCAAGAUGGGUACGUGGAGCUUCUACAAGCGCAGUGUCAAUGACUACUUGAAGAGAGCUCCUCAUAACGACGAGCUUCGUUGCCUGCUUCUUGACUUGCAUGUCGCUCGCUUCCAGAUUCAUCUGUUCAAGCGUUACUUCUGGAUGCUGAGUCCUCGUUUGAGCUUUGCUAUCAUUCGUCGCAAGAUGUUGCCUCAUCCUCCCACCAUGGGCGAGAUAGGCGUGAGUUGUGCUUACCAUCAGCACGAUCAUCUGUACCCUCUGACAGAGUGCAACGCUCGUAUUCGCUGA